AUGGCAGACAGCAAACAAGAACAAACAGACUACUCAGCCUGGAGCAACACUAGCCUGAUCGCCCGGAUCACUGAGUUAGAGCGCCAACUCCACUCUCAAACAACGGAGUUCAAAGCGCCAACAGAAACCCCAUCACAGACACCCCGCCAUCCACUAGCUCCCAUCUCUACCGACGUCCCCGAACCUGAUAUCCCACACCCAGAGACCUCCAAGCCAUCUAAAAAGCGGCCGUUGUCUCCACCAGACGGCGAUAUCACACACACUCCUGCGCCAUCACGGAUCCACAAGAACGAUCGCAGCUUCGACCCCUCCAAGUACUCGACGCGGUACAUUGCGUUGAAGUUUGCAUACCUUGGCCAGCGAUACAAUGGACUCGAGCAUACAAACGGCAAUGUGACUCCGUUGCCUACAGUUGAAGAGGUCAUAUGGAAGGCGUUGCGACGCACACGUCUGAUCUUCCCCGAAAUUACCGAUGGCAACGAGCCAGAUGAUAUCGAGCCGCGCGCGUUGAAGCCUUACCAUCUCUACUGGGAUGGAUGUGAUUACUCCAAGGCAGGGCGUACAGAUAGGGGUGUGAGCGCGUUCGGACAAGUCAUUGGGUUGCGAGUGCGCAGCUCACGGCCUAAGCCUAAGCACUCCAUUGAGGGCGACGAUGCGAUGCAGAUAGAUUCAGGCUCUGGUGGGAAGCAGUGGGAUGAUGUUGCCGAUGAGACCAACUAUAUACAAGUACUGAACAGAGUGCUUCCGGAAGAUAUUCGUGUUCUGGCUUGGUGUCCUAACCCACCGGAAGGAUUCAAUGCUCGCUUCUCUUGCCGCGAACGUCGGUACAGAUACUUCUUUACCAACCCUGCUUUCUCUCCAACGCCCGGGGCCCCUGGAUUUGAGAACCGCGCCCAGAAUGGCAAAGGACCGCGUGCUGAGUAUCGUGAAGGCUGGCUCGAUAUCGAUGCUAUGCGUGAAGCAGCUAAGCAUUUCGAGGGUAACCAUGAUUUCCGGAACUUCUGCAAGUUGGACACCAGCAAGCAGAUUGAGAACUUUGAACGUGUUAUCUUCCACUCUGACAUUGAGGUUGUCAACCCGAAGACUAACCCGGUGGGUUACGUCGGACAAACUGGAUUCCAGGCCAAAGCAAAUUCGGGACCCGAAGCGGAUUUAAACCCUCCUUCGACAAGCUCUCAGAACACUCCUCUUGUUUACUCUUUCACCCUUCACGGCUCUGCGUUUUUGUGGCACCAAGUGCGACACAUGGUUGCGAUUUUGUUCCUAGUGGGACAAGGACUCGAGUCUCCAUCCAUUGUGCCUGAACUACUGGAUAUUCAGAAGAACCCCCGGAAGCCAACUUAUGAGAUGGCUGAUGACGCUCCUCUCGUUUUGUGGGACUGCAUAUUCCCUGACGAGAACUCGGGUAAUCGUGUAGAUGCUAUGGAUUGGAUCUAUGCUGGCGACUCCCGCGGCAACAGCAACACGACCGCCAAGGGCGAUAGCAAGUUCGGUAUGCGGGGAGCUGUCGACCGGCUGUGGGCAGUCUGGAGACAGCGCAAGAUCGACGAGAUCUUGGCGGGUGCUCUCCUGGAUCUGACUGUCAGCCAAGGUGACCAGAGUGCUGCGCAGAACACUGGCGGCGAAUUAUUAAACCAUGGCAAUUCCAAGAAGUCAAACAAGGGAGCAAAGAUCUGGGUCGGCGGAAAUGAGACUCGCCCUCAUGGAAAAUAUGUUCCGGUCAACGAGAAAGGCAAGAUGGAUACCGUGGAGGUUCAAAAUGCUCGAGGACUUGUAUCAAAGCAGCGCAAGCUGGCCAGCAAGGAAGAGGCCGCGGCAAAGUUGGCCCAAGCCUAG